UCAUGGGGCCCCCGGGCAAUAGGGGAUCAUGGGGCCCCUGUGUCCUUGCCCAAACUCAAAAAAGCCUAUGAAAAAGGUACCAGAGGCAUAUCAUGGGGCCCCCUACUGACCCCGGCCCUCAGGCAGUGCCCGAGUUUCCAAAUGGUCAGUCCGCCCCUGGGGCAUCCUUACAUUCUUAACACAUUACUCAGUCCAUAUCAGAAUGAUAGCUACAUGUCGCUAUGCUCUGCCUAGAAUAAAAGCAUGACAAGGCUCUAACGCUCUAUGAUUUUCAGAAAUACACAUCUAAUUAUUUACCCUCAAUAAGAAGAGAAAAGAA